CGUUUCGGGGGUCUCCCCCCGCCGGUGACCCCUCCCCAAAGCCCUGGGCUCCCCCCAGGCCCCCCCAAAGCCCCCCCGAGUUUUGGGCUCCCCCCUUCCACCCCCCGAGGCCCCCCCAAGGCCUGGGCUCUCCCCAAAGCCCCCCCCAAAGCCCCCCCCAAGGCCUGGGCUACCUCCUGCCCCCCGCAAGCCCCCCCCCAAGGCCUGGGCUCUCCCCAAAGCCCCCCCCAAAGCCCCCCCCAAGGCCUGGGCUCUCCCCUGCCCCCCCAAGCCCUGGGCUCCCCCCUUCCUUCCCCCCAAAGCAUCCCCAAACCCUGGGCUCCCCCCUCGACCCCCCCCAGAGCCCUGUGUUGCCCCCACCCUACUCAGACCGUCCCCCUACACACAGCCCCCCCCCAAGCCUCGUGUCCCCCCCCAUAUGCCCUCUGUACCCCCCCAACCCCCUCCCCUAAAUGCUCUGGGACCUCUCUCGUUUGCCUCCGCUGUGCUCCAAGCUCCCCCCGCACCCUGCAGCGCCCAAAGCUCCCCAAAUCCCCGUCUCCCUCCGCCAGGUCCUGGAUCCCCCCCGCUCCGAAACGCCCCGGCCCCCCCCCCCCGCGACCCCCCAGCGCCAUGGCCGCGCCGCAGUGCGUGCAGGCCGACUGCGCCUUCCGGGGCGGCGAGCACGCCGUGCGGCUGGCCGUGAGCGGCUCGGCGCUGGAGGUGGAGGUGGAGGACCGCCUCACCGGCGACCAGUGGAGAGGGCAGUUCGACGCCGCCUUUAUUGAGGAUCUGACUCACAAAACGGGCAACUUCAAGCAGUUCGGGAUAUUUUGCAGCAUGCUGGAGUCGGCGCUGACGCAGAGCAGCGAGGCCGUCAGCCUGGACCUGCUCACCUACGGCGACCUGGAGGCCCUGCGCAGCAGGAAGCUCGGGGGGGGCCCCCGGCCGCCCCCCCCUGCCACCGCCACCGCCUCGCCGCUCAGCUCCAAGCGCUACCUCAUCCUCAUCUACUCCGUGGAGUUCGACAGGAUCCACUACCCGCUGCCGCUGCCCUACGCGGGCAGGCCCGACCCCGCGGCGCUGCGCCGGCUGAUCCGCGAGCUCCGGGAGGAGCUGGCCCUGCUCCGGGCCCGGCCCGGCGAGGACUGCCGCGACGCCGAGAUCCGCCGGCUGCGGGACGAGCUGCGGCGGGCGCUGGAGGAGAAGCGGGAGGCGGAGGCGGCGGCGCGGGGCCUGCGGCGGGAGGCGCAGCUGGCCGCCGAGGCCGGCGCCGCCGAGGAGACGCGGACGCUGCGGGCGGCCGUGCGGAGCCUCCGGGACGAGCUGCUGCGGGAGAGGAGCCGGCACCAGCGGGCAGCCAGCAAGCGCCUGCAGGAGAACCGGCAGCUGGCCGGCGAGCUGGCGGAGGCGAAGGCCUCGGAGAGGACCCUGCGGCUCCGUCUCAAGAGCCUCACGGCUGAGCUGGCCCUGUACAAGAAGGGGCGUUGGACACCCCCCGGCCCGGCCCCCCCCCGCGGCGCGGGGCCACGCUCCGGCUCCGGCUCCGGCUCCGUGGAGCGCUCCGCAGCCUGGCCGCCCCCUCGCCGCCGCUCCGCCUCCGGGGAGAGCCGCGCCGGCAGCCGGGGCCGCCCGCCGCCCCGGUCCCCGUCGCCCGCAGGCCCCCGGCCGCCGCGCUUCGACCCCACCGCCUUCGUGAGGGCCCGGGAGCGGAAGCAGAGGGAGGCCGAGCUGAAAAACCAGCGGCAGCCGCGGCGCGGGACCCGCGGCGUCAGCGACAGCCCCGGGAGGAGCCGCGGGCGCAGCUCGUCGGCGGGAAGCGCCCGGAGCCGGCGCUCGGCAGCGAGCUCGGGCAGCGAGGCGGACGACUGCUCGGAGCCCCUGGCGCCCAGGGGCAGCAGGAGAGCGGCGCGCGGCCGGAAACCCUUGAGCUCCUCGUCCUGGAACGGCCCCAGCCCGGCCCCCCGCGCGCCCACCGGACGCAGGAAGCAGGCGGCCAGCACGCCCCGGCGCGCCGGGAAAGAGAACCUGCGCGAGGAGCCGGCGGGCGACCUGGCGGAGAUCGACGCCCGGCUGCGGGCGCUGCAGGAGUACAUGAGCAGCCUGGACACCCGCACGUAGCCCCCCCGCGGCCCCCCCCCCCCCCCCCGGCGGGGAGGGGGGGGGUCCAGGCCCCCGGAGACGCGGCGCCGGGAAAAGGGGGGUGACGGAGCUGCUGCCCUCCCGGGUGGCCCCACUGGGGUGGCAAGGGACGCCAUGGUGUGCGACCCCCCCCCCAUGUAAAUAAACCUUUGGUGUGGCCCCCC